AUGAAGUUCGGAUCGAUGUACCACUACCAGCAGCACGUUGUAGGGUUAAUACUUCUUACUGCGUGCUCUCUUCAAGUAGUCCAAUGUAUGCAUCCACGCUACUUUGGGGAGGCUAUAACCGAAAGCUUAACUGAGCCGUUGGUCCAAGACAACAGCCUCUCGCUGACUCACAUACUUCGAGACUCAACUCCCUCUCCAAAGUCCGACGAACGAGAAAAGGUCGAGCAACACAUUUCCACGAUACCCCAGCUUAAAUACCAAGUUGGAAAAGUGAAAAAAACUGAUCGACUAAUUGAAUCGAGGUUAGACGAUUUGAAGUCUCUACGUGAAUCCCUCAACAGAAUCAGAAGCGACCCUGGACUACUCUUUGGAUAUGAAAACCCAAGCAAAUAUCUAAAACCGCAUCCUUGGAAUCAAGAUCAACCAUUAUAUAAACAUGUGCAACGAUUAGACGAAAUACACGAAAAGAUAGAGCAAACCUAUCCCCCUUUGAGGCUUGUGUUAGGCGAAAAAUUGGUGUUUGUGAAUUUCAAAGCUUUUUGGAAUAAUCGAGAAACUGAACCCAACAUGUUAUACCUACCCCCCCAAAAAACUUUUGAAAACAGAAAUUCACCGACAAUUCUUAAAGAGCCUCUGAAGCUUAAAGAGAUCAAAGAUAUUGGGAUACAACUUGUCAAAGAACUCACCAUCUUGUUAUCGAGUACACAAUCCGAAUAUCGUGGUCAAAAUCAACUACAUUUCUUGAAUUUUCAAAAGCUUGUCUGUGAAACGGUCUAUUACUUCCACAAGCAUCAGCUGAUACCCCGAGAAAACCUUGGGGUUCUGAUCACAAACGAAAUCGCUUCGGAAGGUUUCUCAAGAUAUAUCUUACAAUCCUUUGUUUAUGAUCAGAACGUUUCAAGGAAUUGGCUUCCGCUGAAUUUGAAAAACAUCCUCAAUAACUGGUAUCACUUCUCCUGUGGAAAUAUGUUUAAAGAUCUACCGGAAGUACCCAAGAAUAAUUUCUUGUAUUACUACAAUAAAGCAGGUUUUGAGUAUUACCGAACUUAUCCAGUAUUCAGAAAGAAUCCAGCGCUGAAAGGGGUGAUGGAUCAAAUGGAAGAGCUCUUGUUCGAUAAACAUCCGACCAGGCCAGAAAACCUUGCCAAAAGAGUAGGUAAUCGAAACUCAUUUGUAGUGACGAUUCCAACCGACAGUAUCCUCGCAUUGGCCAACACUUUCAUCCAAAUCCCUCCACAAGGUCGAUCCGAUUCAGAAUUAGCUCAUUUAUUCCAAGUCAUCGAAUACUUCACAGACGUCAAUCCCAGGGCAUUUCAAUUACAUAAACAAGAUACUGACUUCCAAAAGAAGUAUGAUUUGAUGUGGACCAGUAAACAGUUUCUUACCAAGAUUGAAAACCUGCAGAUUUAUUUGGAAAGUAAAUUUAAUCCGAAGGCUGGCUUGGAUUCCAUUUUCGAUCAUCCAACAAGCUCUAACAACAUCAAAUCCAUAAACUCAAUCAGCCAUUUCCAAGAACUCGAAUUCCUGGCAAAGUAUCUCAAAAUCAUUCGAGCUGAUUAUCUGGAAAAAAUCGAUAAUAUCUCCGCACUUGAUCCAUACCAUCAAUACUGUCAACGUGAACUGUUUGAGGAUAGCUUCAAGUGGACAGAGAAGAUGAUCACUCAGCUUGGCCAACCUUCAUAA